AUUAAAAUGACUUAUGUCAAACUGACCGAAAAUGUCAAGGAAUGGCGGGGUUUUGUAAAAGAAACGAUAAUUAAGUUGUUUUUUUAGAUUUUAUUAAUAUAACAGGGAUUAGAUUUUCAAGUAAAGACAUGGAUACAGAUCAAACGUUAUCGGUUUCAAAGGGUGUUUUUAUAUUUAAAAAUGAUUUUAAAGCUUCUAAAAAACAAAGUAAACAUAAGAAAAAAUCAGUUUGUCAAACUAAUACGUUAUUUUCAUCGAAUAUGUGGUAUCAACAUUAUCGUUCUUUGUGGGACGUCAUUGAGGAAGAAAUACACAUUUUAAACGAUAAUCUAUUUUCUUCAGUAUUAAGUAACCUCAUAAACUUUGUUAAAACCAGUCAUAACGAUGUUGUAAAUGAAAUCCCAACAGCAGCGUUAUUUACUGGAAUCAAUAUGCCAGAUCACGGCGCACAAUUCGAAUCGCUUUCAAAACAAUUAAGAGAAACUACUCCGCAUGUUGCCUACUUACAAAGUCAAGAUUGUCAAAACAUCAAGUAUCUCAUGGAAAAUAUGAUCAAUGAAUUUGUUAAUGGUGAUUUGAAGGAUGACUCUUUCGACGUGGUAAAAUCACAUAUAAGGAAAACGCAACUAAAUAUGGCUAUACUUAAAUGCUGGUAUAUGGACUUAUAUGAAGAUUCGAAGAAAAAACCUCUAGCUGUAAUUAUUCCUGAUUUUGAAAGCUUCAAUCCGAGUGUCCUCCAACGGUUUAUCCUAAUAAUCAGUUGUUAUCUCAAGGAUCUGCCGUUUGUGCUUAUUUUUGGAAUAGCGACUGAUAUGAAUGCUCUACAUGGAACUUUACCUUAUAAGGUAUCUUCGAAAAUCAGAGUGAAGGUGUUCAAUUCCCAAAGGUCGAUAGAAUAUUUGAAUAAUGUCUUGGAAAAAGUGUUUUUCUCAAAUGUCUGCCCGUUUCAGUUGGGAGGCAGAGUGUUCAAUCUUUUCAUGGAGUUAUUCUUGUUCUAUGAUCUAUCAGUUAAUAAUUUCAUCAGGAAUAUCAAGUAUGCUUGUGCAGAUCAUUUUACUUACGGUAACGCGAUGGCAUUGUGCAAUUUAAGCAAAUACGUUAAUCAAGAAACUAUUCAAGAAUUUACUGAAGAUGAUUUUGAAACUGUACGACAAUUACCGUCAUUUAAAAAACUCGUAGAAAGUGAAUCAAAAGAUAUACAAGUGAAAUUACUAGUAGAUAAUGACUAUUUAAGUGAAGUACUCUAUCAAAAAAUUUGUGAUAUACAAACAUACAUUCAAUUAUUACAUUUAUUUUUGAGAUGCCUGUUGGUGCUUGUAGAAGACUUACCAAGAGCCCCGUUAGGUAAACAGGUGCGAGAAUUAUAUGCUAUAGCCACUGUAAAAAAAAUAACUGAAACUUCAGAGUACUUAGAAUGUAUGAAACUUCUUAAUUUUCAAUCAAAAGACGAACUGUGUGUAAAAUUAACAAGGAUAGUUGAGAUUUUGGCCAGCAACGAAGUGCCUAAAAACGACGAAAUUAAACAAUUUGUAAAAAUAUUAUCGAUUUAUUUGAAAAAUCUUGAAAGUAUCGGGGUAAACGAUUUUGAAGAAACAAUGGAAGAAUGUGAAGAUAAUACAAAACCAGUCGAUUUGAAAGUAGCCAGUAGAACCCAGCUUAGACAGAAACUUCUAGAAAUGACCCAACAGCCGAAUAAAUCUCUUACUAAAUACGAAAAAUUGAGAGAAGAAAUCAUUAAAAACAUAUCGGAUACGUUCAAAAAGUUCCUUAUGGAACCGGAAUCGCGAUAUUUUCACGAAAUUUUCUUUUAUAAUAAUAUAAGUAUUAAAAAUUACAUUAUAGGAUCUCAUCGAUCUGCGAUACACAAUGCUUUGAAUGAUCCCCAAUUUUAUCUGCAGUGUGAAUGUUGUGAACUGGCUAAUCCCACCUCUAUAAACCCCACCAUGCCGGAUAUUUGUAUAGCAUACAAACUACAUUUGGAAUAUGGAAAAAUGAUAAAUUUAUAUGAUUGGUUGCAGUCUUUCUUAAGUAUCGUCGAUCCAGAUGUAGAUACACAACAGACUGCGAAAAUUUUUAUAAAACCGGAACUGCAAGCUCGGUUUACACAAGCCGUUGCCGAGUUGGAGCAUUUAGGUUUCAUCAAGAGUUCCAAACGAAAAACCGAUCAUGUUCAAAGAUUAACUUGGGGUGGAUAAUUCAAUUUAAUAAAAUAAUUGUGUGGUUAUUUAUUUUUUUAAUAAAUUUUUUUUAUUUCGCUGUCAUCUUAUUUCCCAUCAUACCUCAGUAUAUUUCGUUAUUUACAGUUUAUUAUCAACAAAAAAUCAUUUCCAACUUGAAAAACUUGGAAACUAUAGUCUAUUUUGAAACUAAAAGUAAUAAACCAAAAACAUUUAUUUGAGUAAGAGCCCCAACUAAUACAUUGUGAAAAUUAUAGUUAAUUUCAUCUUACCUAUGUAUAUUGCGUUAUUUACGUUUAUAAUAAAAAAAAAAUUACCUAAAAAAUUAUAGUCUGUUUCAAAACUAAAAAGAAUUAUUCCAAAAACUUCAGUCACAUAACUAUUAAUUACUAAAUUAUAAAUCAAAACAACGUAUUUAUUUUGACAAUAAUAAACCUCAUAGCUACCAACCUUUAAAAUGUAAUUUCCCCUAAUACACGAAUGUUGAUUUCAUAUACACUUCGGGUAUUUAUAUUUUGUUGUGACACUAUAAAUAUCAAAAUGGCUAACAUUACGUAGUUUAUACCAGGUGUUCACAAAAAAACGAAUAAACAAACUCUGAAUCUGUAAAUUAAUUUACUUACGAAAAUUAGUAAAAAAAUAAUAUUUUGCAAUUGUUAUCAAAAAAAAACGAAAAUUGUGAAAAAAAAUCGGUUCAAUCGAACUUUUGGAAAGAGAGCAUUUUAAUAAAGAAACAAUAGUGGUUUUAGAGGUUAUAUUUGGCAACUGAGAGUUUGAACAUUCCAAAUGAACUAGAAUUAAAGCAGGUGAAAUUAAGUUGAGAAAAUUGGUGAGAAAAACGAAAAGAGGAAGCGUAAACAUUAUUAUGGGUUUAAAAUGAGAAUAAACUAGAGAAAUAAUGGAAUUUGGUGAACAAAGAGGAAAAUAAAGGAAAAAGUAAAUGAAGGAUUAUCUUGACGAAAUGAAAGUAGUUACCAGGGAAAGAAAAGUGGGGAAAAAUUGGAAGUAGAGAGACAAAGAGUAGCAAUUAGUUAUAUUUUUAUGAAAAUCAAACUAUAUACAUAAAUAAGCAUUAGAAACCUUUUUUUGUCAAUAUACGAAUAAGAAGAAUAAAGGAUUUUUAAUAUCAACACAUAUUUUUUUUAAAUAAAAAGUUUAUUACAAAAUUGUAGUUAACAGAUUCAUAUCAUGGUCCAUUUUGCAGACAUUAAAAUUUUUAUAUAAUGUACAGAAAUUCUCAACAAUAUUAAUAAAUAUUCAUGAAAUACCAGUUUUAUUAUUAAAAAUUCAUUUUAUAUAUCAAAAAAUUACAAUCUUUUAUUUUUGUUCAAAAUUUGAAUAUAAGUUACAAAAAAUAUGUUUAUACUUUUUUUUAAUAUAUCUAGAUUAUUCGUAAAAUAUUUGUUUUAUACAAAGUUCAAUACACUUGAUAUGUCAAAAAAAUUCUAAAUAACAUUAAAAACAAGCAAUUGCAAUAGAAAAAAGAUUAUUUUAACACAUACCUUUUACAAGUGGCACACAUCAUAUAAAUUUCUUCAUACAUUAAACAAAAAAUCUCUGAAUUGCAAAACGUAACUUUCACUAAUAUGCCUUAUUUUGAGAAAAGUAGAGUUCAAAAACCACAUAUUCAUGUACAUUUCGUAUAUUUACUACUGUUUACUCUUUUUAAUUUGUUUUUAGUUCAAUUAAAACUUCUAGAACAGCACAAAAGUAUUUUUUUUUUUUCAAUUUA